GAGAGAGAGAGAGAUGGACAGUCAGUCAGACGGACCUAUAGGGUAGUUAUGGCACCUGCACCGCUCCUAUUGAAGUGGGUGAGCUAGCGGGAUCCAAGGCUGCAGGACUGUCCAGGUAGACCAAAAGAUGGUCCUGAUGAGAGUGAUGCUGUCGGCGACCCUCUUCCUGCUGCUGACGUCCGUCGGCUCGGGCUGCGGACCGGGCAGGGGACACGGGAAGCGGAGGCACCCCAAGAAGCUGACGCCGCUGGCGCUCAAACAGUUCAUCCCCAACGUGGCGGAGAAAACCCUGGGGGCCAGCGGCAAGUGCGAGGGCAAGAUCACGCGCAACUCGGACAGGUUCAAGGACCUGACUCCCAGCUACAACCCCGAUAUUAUUUUUAAGGAUGAGGAAAACACCAACGCGGACCGACUCAUGACACAAAGGUGUAAAGACAAACUGAACUCUUUGGCUAUUUCAGUCAUGAAUCAGUGGCCCGGUGUUAAACUUCGAGUCACGGAAGGCUGGGAUGAGGACGGCCAUCAUUCUGACGAGUCUCUACACUAUGAGGGCAGGGCGGUGGACAUCACCACCUCAGACCGGGACAAGAGCAAGUACGGCAUGCUGUCCAGGCUGGCUGUGGAGGCGGGCUUCGACUGGGUAUACUAUGAGUCCAAAGCCCACAUCCACUGCUCUGUGAAAGCAGAAAACUCGGUGGCAGCUAAGUCUGGAGGUUGCUUCCCUGGUUCGUCCAUCGUGAUCCUGUCAGAUGGAAGGACUAAACCAUUGAAGGAGCUCCAGGUGGGGGACAAGGUGCUGGCCACUGACCAACAAGGAAAUCUUGUUCCUAGUGACUUUCUAAUGUUUAUGGAUCAGGACGAGCAGAUUAUGAGAGAGUUCCACGUCCUGGAGACUGAAGAGCCACGCUGCAGACUGACACUGACUGCAGCUCACCUCGUCUUUGUUAUGAGCAACAACAACGGCACCAACAGCAGCGACAUUAGGGCCGUGUUCUCCAGUAAUGUAAAAUUAGGACAGUGGCUUCUUGUUGUUGGGAAUGACCGUCCGGACCACCUCAUCCCUGCAAGAGUGACAAGAAUUCAUGUGGAGAAAUAUCGAGGGUCUUAUGCACCCGUAACAUCUCACGGAACCAUCAUAGUUGACUGGGUUUUGGCAUCUUGCUACGCGGUGGUUGAGGAUCAUGACCUUGCACACUGGGUUUUUGUGCCAGUCCGGCUAUGGCGCUCAUUCUUGUCCCUGGUCGGGAUGGUGAAAGAGCUCAGCAGUGUGUACCAAACGGAGGGCAUCCACUGGUACCCAGAGCUCCUCUACCAUGUGGGAAGUUGGGUUCUGGACAGCAGCUCUUUUCACCCACAAACAGGGCUUUAAAUUGACACCCGCCAACCUGCCAAAUGUGGGUAGAAAUGAACUUUGGCGGGGAAAGUUACUAGCCAAUACAUUCAAGCCAUUGCCAAAGGAGUUGUUACAAAGCUAAU